AUGGGCAAACAUAGAGACGUGGCUGUGGAGGGGUUGUUUAAGAAAUAUGACAUUGUUAAACUUUCGGAUGAAGAAGAGAUCGUAAAACUUUUACAGGAGGGGCAUGGCGGGUGGAAUGAGAGGAUGAAAUUGAGUCUUGGAGUUAAAGGGCUCGUAAACCGCGUGGAGUUCGGCAAUGUCCGUGUUGAAUUCGUCAACAGCGACACCUGGGCCCUGAAUCCCGAGGUUCUUAUUAAAGACGAGGAGGAAGGGACAGGAAUUGAUGAUUUAGAGACUGGCGACUUUGUCCUCAUACGGCCUGUCUCUGAGCAGGAGGCACGGGUCCUACAACAGGAUCAUGGCGGUUGGGCAGCGGGCAUGGAGAAGUCUUUAGGCCACACCGGUAUUGUAAAAGACGUACUUCCGGGGUCAAAGGUCAAGGUCGAGGUUUCACAGCAACCAUGGGUAUACAACAAGAGUUUGAUAACUCUGGUGUGCAAAAAAGAGGAGAUGGUACGAGUGCUACUAAGGCGUCAGUCAACCAUGUAA